GUCAACAUUCAGCUGUAGAAAGGGUUGUGCCUCUGCGGAACGCCACUGAAUUCAAAAACAAACAAAACAAUAUAUUUAACUGCUCCAAGAUAACCAAAAUUUGCUACAGCACACUCUCAUAUAUAUACACAAGAAGAAGAAAAACAAAUUGGAAAAAUCGCUAACCACAUUCACCUAACACCCACAAUACACACAUCCAUAUAUAUAUAGUCACACAUUUGUGCCUCUGUGUGUGUAUAUCCAGCUAUAGAUAUAUACACACACACACACAUACAUUCACACACACAAAUAUAUUGCUGUGAAGCUAAAUACUAACUGCUCCAAGAUAAGAUAAGAAGACAAAUCAGAAAUUUACUGACCAGAUUCAGUACACACACACACACACACACACACAUACAUAUAUAUAUCAGUUUAAUACUCAACUGAAAUUGCUACUAAUAGUUUCAUGCUUAUAUGAUACUUGAACAGGCAUAUUUAUGAAAUACGCCAUGUAUUUUCAAGCAACCUUUCAAUAUUUCAAUAUAAUUUCUCUUCCUUCUGCGCUUAUAUUUUCUGUGUGAUGGGUUUAUGCUCGAACCCGAGAAUAAGAAGAAAAGACACGCAAGAAAAGUACAGUUUAAAAAAUCUGCGAAGAAAUUUUUUUUUUUUUGUUAUUUCUCUUCCUGCAAUUAAGUCGCCAUGAGUGUUGACACGUACGGCCCAAAUUCUCAAACCCUUUCCUUCUUAGAUACUGAAGAAACCGAUCAUUUGGGUGCCGACACACAAGGAUCAGACUUUUACUUUACAGACUUCACGCUGCCCUCUCAGACCCAAUCCCAGACGCAGGCUUCACAAUUGGAUGGAGGACACAGCCAGAGCCAGAUUGAUGUUCUUGAAGGACCAUUUCAGAAUGGACUGGAUAAAAACGUGGGAGCAAUCAACCAAGGUGUUGGUGAGCUCAAUUUUGAAGAAGAUGAGGAAGAACAGUUUUAUAUGAAGGACUUACCAAAGCAUGCUUGCGCGUACUGUGGAAUUCAUGAUCCUGCCUGUGUUGUGUACUGCAAUACCACAAAGAAAUGGUUUUGUAAUGGACGAGGCAACACCUCUGGAAGCCAUAUUAUAAAUCACCUUGUGCGGGCUAAAGCCAAAGAGGUAACCCUACAUAAAGAUGGCCCUCUUGGAGAAACAGUCCUGGAAUGUUACAAUUGUGGCUGCCGAAAUGUUUUUCUGCUUGGCUUCAUCCCAGCCAAAGCCGAUUCUGUUGUGGUGCUACUCUGUCGUCAGCCCUGUGCUACUUUGAGCAGUUUAAAGGACAUGAAUUGGGAUCCAAGUCAGUGGCAGCCCCUCAUCCAAGAUCGACAAUUUCUCUCUUGGCUUGUAAAAGUUCCAUCGGACCAAGAACAAUUGAGAGCUCGUCAGAUAUCUGCCCAGCAAAUUAAUAAACUGGAAGAGCUCUGGAAGGAAAAUCCUGAGGCUAAACUGGAAGAUUUGGAAAAACCUGGAGUCGAUGAAGAACCUCAGCAAGUUCUUUUACGUUACGACGAUGCCUAUCAGUAUCAGAAUAUAUUUGGUCCUUUGGUCAAGCUGGAAGCUGAUUAUGACAAGAAACUGAAAGAAUCUCAGACUCAGGAUAAUAUCGUUGUCCGUUGGGAUGUUGGCCUUAAUAAGAAGAGAAUUGCCUACUUCCGCCUUCCAAAAGCUAAUGAAGAGAUGAAGCUGAUGCAUGGUGAUGAACUGCGGCUGCGUUACCUGGGAGAAUUGCACAAGCCUUGGUCUGGUGUUGGACAUGUUAUUAAGAUUCCUGAUAAUUAUAGCGACGAGGUUGCCAUUGAACUGAAAAGUAAUGCUGGUGUGCCAGUGGAGUGUACACUCAACUUUGUUGUGGAUUUUGUCUGGAAAUCUACUUCCUUUGACAGAAUGCAAGCUGCUUUGAAGACAUUUGCUGUUGACGAGACAUCUGUAUGGGGAUACAUUUACCACAAACUCCUUGGGCAUGAAGUAGAAGAUGCAGUCAUCAAAUGUCAGCUACCUAAAAGAUUCACAGCAGCUGGACUCCCAGAACUCAACCAUUCCCAAGUCUAUGCUGUCAAAACUGUACUUCAGCGACCACUCAGCCUUAUUCAAGGCCCUCCAGGAACUGGUAAAACUGUGACUUCAGCAACUAUUGUAUAUCACUUGGUUAAGCAAGGUAAUGGGCCCGUACUGGUGUGUGCACCAUCAAAUAUUGCUGUUGACCAACUGACCGAGAAGAUACACAAAACUGGUUUAAAGGUUGUUCGUCUUUGUGCCAAGAGCAGAGAAGCUAUUGAUUCUCCUGUCUCCUUCUUAGCUCUACACAACCAAAUUCGUAAUAUGGACAGCAUGCCUGAGCUUCAGAAACUACAACAACUUAAAGAUGAAACUGGAGAGUUGUCGUCAGCUGAUGAGAAACGUUACCGAGCUCUCAAGAAACAGUGUGAAAAAGAACUACUGCAACAUGCUGAUGUGAUUUGUUGCACUUGCGUUGGUGCUGGUGAUCCUCGAUUAGCCAAAAUGCAGUUCCGCUCAGUUUUGAUAGAUGAAAGCACUCAAGCUACUGAACCAGAGUGUAUGAUCCCUGUUGUUUUGGGUUGCAAGCAGUUAAUCCUGGUUGGUGACCAUUGCCAGUUAGGACCAGUUGUCAUGUGUAAGAAAGCAGCUCGUGCUGGGCUCUCCCAAUCAUUGUUUGAGCGCCUUGUUGUGUUGGGCAUUCGACCAAUUCGUCUGCAGGUCCAGUACCGUAUGCAUCCUGCUCUGAGUGCAUUUCCUUCCAACAUUUUCUAUGAAGGGUCAUUGCAAAACGGAGUCACAGCUGCUGAGAGAACUCGAAAGACUCUGGAUUUUCCAUGGCCUCAGUUGGAUAAACCCAUGUUCUUCUAUACAACUGCUGGUCAAGAAGAGAUCUCAAGUUCAGGCACGUCGUAUUUAAACAGAACGGAGGCUGCCAAUGUUGAGAAAAUUGCUACACGGUUUUUGCGUUCCAGCAUCAGACCUGAGCAGAUUGGAAUUAUAACACCCUAUGAAGGACAAAGAGCAUAUGUUGUGCAGUAUAUGCAAUACAGUGGUGCACUGAACAAGAAAUUGUAUCAGGAAAUUGAGGUUGCAAGUGUGGAUGCUUUCCAAGGACGUGAGAAAGAUUUUAUCAUUCUGUCCUGCGUCCGAUCCAACGAACACCAGGGAAUUGGUUUUUUGAAUGAUCCCCGUCGUUUGAAUGUUGCCCUCACAAGAGCACGAUAUGGAAUUAUAAUUGUUGGCAACCCCAAAGUACUAUCUAAGCAACCUCUUUGGAAUCAUCUGCUUACAUAUUACAAAGAACAGAAAUGUCUGGUAGAAGGAGCCCUCAAUAACCUAAAAGAAUCGCUAAUCCAGUUUAGCAAACCCAGGAAACUUGUUAACACUACCAACCCUGGUGGCAGAUUUAUGAGCAACACCAUGUUUGAUGCAAGAGAGGUUCUAAUUCCAGGCAGUGUUUAUGAUCGUUGUGGAAGUAAACCUGCUGGCAAGGGAUUUAACUCUAAUUUUUCAACUGGAGUUAAUAUUCGUGAUCCAAUGGUUCGUCCUCAUGACCAGUUGAGCUAUAUUGCCUCUGACAGGAAUUUUGCAGCCAAUUCUUUGAACUUACCAGUGCCUGUUGGUAUGUUCAUGUCUCCUAUGCCGCAUUUCCAAAAUCAGCAAGGUCAACAGCAACAACAACAAACUUCUGGUAAUGCAGUUGGACGUGGUAGUGGUUUGCGCAAGAAUCGACCUGGUCGGCAGAAACCACCACGUUAUAGCACAACUCAACAGCAAAAUGUUACUCAACAAAACGUGGCCCAGGCCAGUCAAAGUCAAGCCAGUCAGGAAGUCUCACAAGCAUUUUCACAGGGUCCCUUGACUCAGGGUCAACUGUCGAUGAGUCAGCCUUUCCAAAUGAGUCAACCUGGUCUUUCAGGACUAUCUCAACCAGAACUUUCACAGGAUAGCUUUUUGGGUGAGGAUUUCAAGUCUCAAGCUGAUGGCUUGCUUUCUCAAGACUCCACCUAUCAAGGCGAUCGGAUGUUUUAUGCCUCGCAGCUAUCCCAGGGUCCUUUCCACUAGUGGCCGCGGUGUUGCAGCCCCCCUUGUGGCAGGAACAGUAGGCUUGAAACAAGAAAGCAGAGGAUACAACUAACUACCAGUGUACAAGGCUGCAGUGUCUGACCGGCGGAGAGAACCACAAACCACUCGACGAUGAUGACGUCUGCUGCACAUAAGUGUCGCAAGUGUACUGGAGGUGGUGGAGGAGGAGGAGGGUGAUGGUUGUGCAGUGAGUUAAGGACAGGGAGGUGCAUGGCUACUAGUGCUGCAGGUUUGCUUGUUGCAGCUGUGUCUGAUGUUGGGAGCUGCUGGUGCUGUCAUCGUAGUGGUGGCAGCUGUGAAGGGUCUGUUGAUACUUGUGAGCAAAAAAAAAAAGAGCAUGCAAGCAAAACAACUCCUUAUGCCUCCCCCACCCCCCAAGCGAGAAUGAGCUGACAGAAAAAGCAACUGUGUGUCAUAGCAACAUAACAGGUUGGCAAACCAGGCUGAUAGUUGUAAGUAUAUACUCAUAGAAAAUGUCUAAGGCUUUUUUUUUCUAAAAAGUCAAAUCAGAAAAAAAUUCUUCUAGAAAUUUUUCAUGAUUUAAUUUUUUAAUUCCUUCAUUUUCUAUGAUUCAGAAGGAAAUAACAAAUUUGCUCUGAGGAAUAUUUAUGUUGGGCCUUAAAUGCCUGGCUCAUAAUGGGGCAUCUUACUGUAAUUGCUGCGAAUCGGCUGGAGUUACCGAGUUGUGUGUGGCCACAGCUCCUAAAUUACUACUCUCCAUUCCCUCCUGCCGACCAACUUCAUUCACUUACUCCCUGUCGCUGUCACUGCCUGUCAGUCUCACUUGCCGUUUGACUACAGGCAGAACACACACUCUCUCACACACACACAUGCACACAUACACACUUUUACCUUAGAAGCUGAAGACACAGACAGCAGACACUGCCCUAAUCUGGAUUCAUGGCAUAUUUGAAUUAAGACAUCAUCUGGCUUGAAAUAAUUGGGAAAAUAAAAAAAAAAUUUAAAAAAAAAAAGAAAAUAAAGGGAAAAAAAAAAAGAAAAAUUUAAUUGGGAACUAUCCUAAAUUUGAAACCUCCAAUGCCACAUGUAGGCAGACAGUGCAACUGUGCAGUACAGGACCUGUUAAUAUCCUGGACAUAGCGCUUAUUGGGGAGACCAGUUUUAAUUCAUAUUUUUUUCAUUCUCCUUUAACAACUCCCAUUUAUUAUUAUUUUUUUUUUUUUUAGUCUGUCUAAAAUAGAUAUAUUUUACUUUAGUUUUAAUUUGAAAUAAUAUUUUUUAAUAUUUUAUGUUAUUUACCUUUUCCCCAAUAUACUUCUCUAUUUUAAUCACACACAUACACACACUCUCCAUAUAGUUCUUUCUUUGCUGCUUUUAAUUUUGGGUGUUCAGGCACGUUAAACUUUGAAAUUUCCCUAGUGAAACAAAAUAAUUUUCUUUAUUCUAUUGGCUGAUGGAACAGCAUAAACUUCCCUUUAGCUUCUGAAUUUUGUUUGCUGCCUGAAUCAGUUGACACUUUGCUUACCAUUUCUCAGUAUAAAGGGCUUCACAUUACUUGUUACUGGAAAAAAAACAAACUUGUAUAUGCUAAAAGCCAGCUUUUUUUUUUUCUUAAAUAUUAAAAAAAAAUAAGUCCCCCAUUACACAAUUUAACUUUUGUACAAUUUUGAAAUAGGUUAUAUAUAUAUAUAUAUAUAUUAUUAUAAACACUGGCACUUUCACAGUGUUUUAACUAUCGCUCCUUAAUACCUAUGUGUCUUUUAAUAUGGCCCAGACAUGUAGGUUUUACUUCAGAUUGGAUUAGUUUUUUUUUCUUUUUUUUGUGAGAUGGGGUAGGUGGGUAGAAUAAAAAACAACCAGCAAAUUAUGUCUAAAUUGUUUGUAACUAGGGUGCACUUUUCAGUGGAUUUUAAUAAGUAUAGCUUUGUUUUGAAUCUAUUACAUUUGAUUAUUAAGUGAAAAAGAAAAUUAUAAAAUGUCUUUAUUUCUCUAACAACCUUUUCUUUUUUAAAUUUCCAUUUGGAUUAUGUUGUACUUGAAAAAGUUUUACAAGUUGUUCAAAACAUUUUGUUUCUUUUCCCAACUUGAGCAGCUUUUAUUAGGAUUAAAUUUGUAUAGAUUUCGUUUCCAUCAAUAUUCCAUAUAUGACAAUUAUUAUUAAUCUUGAUUGAUUCUUUAUUUUAAAUGAGAAAGAAAACAUGUUCUAUUGUUAAUUAUAAAGCUUCCUUUCAUUGCUUUAAGCUGUUCUUUUCAGCUUUGAAACUUGUAGCAUAGUGUUUCCCUCCUUCCUACUGGAUGUCUUAAGUAGUUCAGAUUGAACCUAUUGUUAAGUUAUUAGUUGUGAGUCUUUUCAGCAGACUUCUUGCUAAUUGUAGUCAGUAGAAAACUUUGCUAUGGGGAUUUAAAAGGAAUUGUGCUUUUACAGUGUUGUGCUGUUUUAACGUCAAUAAAAGUUUUAAAAUGAA